GGCCUCGGGAACCCAGCCGCGCUGCCGCCGCCGCCGCCGCCGCAGCCCGAGUCGGAGGAGGGAGAGACCAGUGAGAAAAUGGCGGCCGUGGCUGCUGAGGCGGCGGCGACCGCGGCGUCCCCCGGGGACGGGGGCGCCGGCGAGGCUGAGCCGGAGCUGGAGCCCAUCCCCGGCAGCGAGGCCGGCACCCCCCUCCCGGUCACGGCCACCGAGGCGGCGGUGCCGGACGGCGAGGCCGACGGGCGCCAGUCCGCCCCUCAGGCCGACGAGCAGCCGCUGCCGCCGCCGCCACCGCCGCCGCCGCCGGGGGAGCUGGCCGGUAGCCCCGAGGCUGAGGCGAAACCUCCCGAGCCCGCGGCCGCCCCGGCCCCGCCGCCCGAGCAGCCCCCGGCCGCCCCCGAGCAGCCCGAGGACGCGCCGCGGCCGCCGCCGGCUCCGGUGCUCGUGCCGCCGGCGGGCGGGGACUCGGCGGUGUCUCAGCUCAUCCCCGGCUCGGAGGUGCGGGUCACGCUGGACCACAUCAUCGAGGACGCGCUCGUCGUGUCGUUCCGCCUCGGGGAGAAGCUCUUCUCCGGGGUCCUCAUGGACCUGUCUAAAAGGUUUGGGCCCCAUGGGAUCCCUGUGACAGUAUUUCCCAAAAGGGAAUAUAAGGAUAAACCGGACGCCAUGCAGCUCCAAAGUAACACAUUCCAAGAAGGGAUAGAAGUCAAACGGGAAGUGAAUGGUGCUGUUCCCGAUAACCUUUCUCCAGUCCCUCCUCCUGAGCACCUGUGGACUUCCAAGCCACCUCCUCUCUUCCACGAAGGAGCACCUUAUCCUCCCCCCUUGUUUAUCAGGGACACAUAUAACCAAUCAAUACCUCAGCCACCUCCUCGGAAAAUUAAGCGACCCAAACGAAAAAUGUACAGGGAAGAACCCACUUCAAUAAUGAAUGCGAUUAAGCUACGGCCCAGGCAAGUCCUGUGUGAUAAGUGUAAAAACAGUGUUGUUGCAGAAAAGAAGGAAAUUAGGAAAGGUAGCAGUGACUCUUCUAGGUAUGAAGAUAAAAAACGGAGAAAUGACAGUGUAGCUACUGUGAACAAAAAACUGAAAACUGACCAUAAAGUGGAUGGGAAAAACCAAAAUGAAAGCCAGAGAAGAAACGCUGUGGUGAGGGUUUCCAAUAUUGCUCACAGCAGAGGCAGAGUAGUCAAAGUUUCUGCUCAGGCAAACACGUCAAAAGCUCAGUUAAGUACCAAGAAAGUGCUCCAGAGCAAGAACAUGGAUCAUGCAAAAGCUCGGGAAGUAUUGAAAAUUGCCAAAGAAAAGGCACAGAAGAAGCAGAGUGAAACCUCUACUUCCAAAAACACCCACCCGAAAGUCCAUUUCACACGGCGCUAUCAGAAUCCUAGCUCAGGUUCCCUCCCACCUCGAGUGCGUUUAAAACCGCAAAGGUACAGGAAUGAAGAAAAUGACUCUUCUCUGAAGACAGGACUGGAGAAAAUUCGGAGUGGCAAGCUGGCCCCUAAGCCGCAGUCUCGCUGCACCUCCACCCGCUCAGCAGGUGAGGCCCCUUCAGAAAAGCAGAGUCCCUCAGAAGGCCCGCAAGAGGCCGCCAGUGAGGUUCAGGACACCAGCGAAGUGUAUGUGCCUGGUGAGCAGGAGGAACUGCAGACGGUGGGCAAAAAGGGCAGCAAAAACAAUAUCUCUGUUUACCUGACCCUAAAUCAAGAGAAAUCUGACUCUUCCGGUGCUUCAGUGUGUAGCAUUGAUAGCAUGGAUGAUUUGAAAUCCUCCAACUCUGAGUAUAGCUCUUCUGAGAGCUUUGUUUUUCCUCCAGGCAGUGUGCGUGCACCUCCCACUUCUUCCACUUCCUCCUCUUCAAGGGAAGAGAAAAGCCUCAGUAAUUCCUUGAAAAUGGAAAUCUUUUCCAAAAAUGUCUCUAAAUGUAUCACACCAGAUGGGAGGACCAUAUGUGUAGGGGACAUUGUUUGGGCCAAGAUAUAUGGCUUCCCAUGGUGGCCAGCCCGAAUUCUUACCAUCACUGUAAGCCGGAAAGAUAAUGGCCUUUUAGCCCGACAGGAGGCCCGUAUCUCAUGGUUUGCAUCUCCAACAACAUCUCUCCUUGCUCUUUCACAACUCUCCCCCUUUCUAGAGAACUUCCAGUUACGCUUUAAUAAGAAGAGAAAGGGUCUGUAUCGCAGGGCUAUCACAGAGGCAGCUAAGGCUGCUAAGCAGCUGACCCCUGAAGUGCGGGCUUUGUUGACACAGUUUGAAACGUGAACAUGGAGAGUAAGGUAGGCGAGAACCACUGGAGCAGCCGCAGGUCCCUGGUUAGUUAGGAAUUGUUUCCACCAGCUAACAUGACCAAACUGGAAAGAAAUUGCACUCACUUGGCUUUUUAUACGUAUAUAGCCAUUUUUAGACUAAGAAGCUUGAAACUGAACAUUCUAUCAAAUUCUCUCUUAAGGAAGUGAGAUUUUUAGCAGUAUUUUCCAAAUUUGAAAUCUAAAACCAUCCUAAGGCAUAGUGGCCAUAGCCUCAAAUGAAAUUGAAUUUUUGCAGCGACUGUUAUUUGCCAUUUGUACUUAUUGUAUAUAUACACACAUAUAUAAACUAUUGCCUGUCACCAUGUGACACGGGUUGCAUAUUUGGGGUUUUCGUAAGGGCUGGUGAGCUGGGGAACAGUGAAUAUUUAAUGACUACUUGUUUAAUAAUUACUGAACACUUAGAAGACUUUCUAUGCACAUAAUGGUAUAUAAGUUUGAUAUUGGGUGUUUGACAAACUGAGGUGCCUGCUAUGACAUUCGAAUGCUUGCUGUUUAGUUAUAGACCAGGCUAUAUGCAUUGUCCAGUAUUUGGGAUUAAAACUAUAAAGCCUGGACAGGCCUGAGUUACCACUCUUGUCCAGUGGGAACAUAAACAAACUUUCAGACUUUUGGUUGGGAAGUUUAGAUAGGUUUUAUUUGGGGUAUGUGAAUAGUGUAUAUUUGGUCAGAUUUCUCCUGACUGGCUGGUCCUAAAUUCUUAGGACAGUGCCCUAGUGAUUUACACUUUGUGAACUAAUGUCAUGUGUA